AUGAAAGAUUCCAGUGACAAAUUGAAUGAAAUAGUGGUAGCCACUAGUGCCAGAUACAGGACGAAGCUUGGGAAUUGUGGUCGCCAAAUUCUAAGCAACAUCCCUUCCUGCCAGGGUCGUUUCGACGCUUGCGUCUCACCUCAAUACCAAUUCGCUCAACCGUCGUGGGCCCCCCAUGUUCGUCGACACUCCUACUCCACUCUAGAAAGUCCAGAGUUUGCCAAUUUGGUGGAGAUUACGGAUGGUACCUCGCGCAGAUUCAUCAAAUUCCGUUACAUCGACGAACUGCUAGUACGAAAUGAGAAGUUGGACAUCCGCAUCACCGAACUACAAGUCAUCAGCCACAGUAAUCCCGCGAUCGCUCUGGAAGACACCUGGCGGUGGAACCGCCCAGUCGUGACUUCCGAGGACAUCAAUGAGCUCCGUACUAUCGGUUCUUUCGAUCGAGUUUUGGACGAGUUAACGCAACUACAACGAAACUUGAAAAUGAAAGUGGCAUGGAUAGACAUGGUAGAGAAACUUCAAUCCACCCCUUCGUGGUCCCGAGCUUCCAAUCGACCGUUCGAAAUGGCGGACAACUCUUACAUGGGGGUUUGGCUCAGUGACACGGAUCAAGAGGAUGUCGACUGGUUCUUGGCCCACCGCAUCCCUUGCUUCAUCGCCCAUAAACUAAGAGGAGGAGAGUUGGAGCGUCUGAUCGACGAGGGUUUUGGGAGGAAGGACCCUUCUUUCAUUCAUGGUACCCCAGUCGAAAACCUUAAUACCCCUUUUAACGCUGUAGAAGCCCACCUCCGUCGACAGCACGUCAUAAUCACUCAUUCCGAUGAAGAUAACGCCAUCGGCAGUGAAGAACCACUGGAUCCCCCAGAGGCUCUAGCUGCUUCCUACUCCCUAUCCCAGAGACAGUGGGCGAGAGGAGGGGAAGCCCCCAUCGCAUACUCGUCCCUUCCAUCCCAUACCACCCACGAUGCAAUUCCUUCCUACCAAAUCGACUUCUCGGACUGGGAUGCUGACCCUCUCGACUACAUAGAGAUAGACCCUCAUCGCGUUGCUUGGGUGCGUCCUCCGCCAGUUAUUAGAAGCUCAGGCGGCAAAUGGGAAAAAUGGGCGGAGAAGACGAUAGACAAGUUAGAGGGUCAGUUCUUCGUGGCCAAAGUGGGUCAGAACUAUUCGGACUUCCAUGGGGCGUCUUACUUCGAUCGCGCAAAUAAUCGAGAGAUCUUCCUACUAGAAGAAGCGCCAUUACUCCCUGGCGUAGUCUCAGAAAGAGAGACUUUCGGAUUCCCCUGUCCUCGUCACUUGCAUUUCGUGGUAACUCCGCAGAACAAAGAUCCCCGUCCCGCUAAGGCGUCCUCCUGGCUCUACCUCAUUAAGGAUCCCAAGCGUAAUGACGUAGGUUUACGAGCCAUGCAACCUGAAGCAGGAGCUUUACCUUUUAAGGAUGAGUUCAGAGCAAGUGGUUCGAAACGACCGCCGUCUCCACCGCCCAGCCCUGGUCCCCCGGGUCCACCUCCACCUAUGACGUUCAUACCCUACUCGUCGCCCGAAACUAGGGGCAUCAACGACGGCGAGCGGCCCAUUUCACCCGCAGAUUCCCUGCUAGCCGCUCCGCAAGAGGAGACAUGGGAGCUAGAUCUCGGAGACGACGCCAUGGGGCCCCAGAUUCCAGGAAUUCCGUCCGAAGAUGUAGAGAUGAGCAUGGUGGAUUUGGGAAGUAACUCUCCCGAAUUAACCAGUCAGCCUCUGCCACUGGACCAUCCCCAUUCCUCUACGCCCAAUCAGCCUGCUCCCGGAACCUCCAGUUCAGCGCCAACCCCUCUCAGAACCACCACGGCCCCGCCUUCUUCCAGAGCCCGCACGAGAAUGCCUCGUCAGAGUUCUCCUCAUAGAGCUAGCCGAAAACACGGCAGGAGGCGAUCUCGCACUCCUUCUCCACCACGAAGGAGAGGAGAUUCCUACCGCCCAACCGGCGAGGAGGACAGACGGCGCAGUACUAGACGUCCCUCUGAGGCAGUUCCAGCUCCCCCUCCCCAAAACCCUUGGUCCUCUCCGACGCUUCCUGCUCCUAACUCUUGGGCACCCGCUAAUCCCUAUGCUCAGGGACAUAAUUCUAUGUCUUGGGGACCACCUCCGGGUUACAUGCCAUGGGGUUUUAAUCCUCAAGCUCCCGCUCCCUGGUCCGUUCACUAUCCUGGGUACUACCCUACGGAGAACAGCGCGCCUAAUUGGCCCUUGCCGGGAUAUCCGUUCGUGCCACCUCAUAACUGCUUGUCGUGUCACAACUGUAGGCUACAAUCACCGCCUCUGACAACUACUGGAACCCCCACCUCGUUCACUCCACUCUCUCAACGGCUGAGGAAUCCGGCUCCCCUACUCAGCCGUUUCACUCCUUCGUCCUCGCUGGCGCAAUGGAUGCAGCCCUCUUCAUCAGAAUUUUUACAGGGGUCGUCCUCCAGACCCUUAGCUGGCCCAAGCUCAAGGACUUUGGCUCAGCGGAUGGGAACGGAUCCUGAGGACGGAGAGCUACCAGAUUGGGACGAGGACGAGUCGACGAGCCAAGCACGUAGGAGCCGCAGAGGAGGUCGCAAGGAACGGGAACGGGACAAGCGCCGAGCUGCGCGCGGUGAACCGCCGGCUCCAGGCAAAGGCAAGAGGAGGGAUAGGAGGGGCAGAGGUGACGACGAUGGGUCUUUCGUUUGA